UAAAUAGCCGAUUAAAGUACCUGUUAAUACCGAAAUUUCUAGGGACUCCGGCGAAUGAUAAAGCGAAGUUUCGUUACUUACUAAUAAGCAUCGACCUGGAACCAGGCGGGCUUCCGCAGGAGUUUUAAUAGUUAAGUACUAUAUACGGAAGCAGAAGGUCCCAUUAUCGUGUACGGAUUGUUUACUUAUCCAGGAAGUUAUGGACUCACACAUUAAAACCACAGCAAUGAGUGCCUAUGCAAAUAAGAGUGGCAGGGGAAUUCCCUCACAGUCUCCACCUUCAGGUAUUUCUCCUGGUGGUAAUACAGAUUUAGCAAAUCUCUUCGAAUGUCCUGUUUGCUUUGACUUUGUGCUUCCACCAAUUCUUCAGUGCCAGAGUGGUCAUUUAGUUUGUGCAAAUUGCAGGCCAAAACUGACAUGCUGUCCAACAUGCAGAGGACCACUAGGCAACAUCAGAAAUUUAGCAAUGGAAAAGGUUGCAUCCACAGUUAUGUUUCCAUGCAAAUAUUCCUCUUCAGGUUGUUCUGUAACUCUCCUUCACACAGACAAAACAGAACAUGAGGAAACUUGUGAGUUCAGACCAUAUUUAUGUCCUUGUCCAGGAGCCUCUUGUAAAUGGCAAGGCUCAUUAGAACAAGUUAUGCCCCAUCUGAUGAGUGUCCAUAAAAGUAUUACCACACUUCAAGGUGAAGACAUCGUUUUUUUGGCAACAGACAUAAACUUACCAGGUGCAGUAGAUUGGGUUAUGAUGCAAAGCUGUUUUGGUCAUCAUUUUAUGUUAGUACUCGAGAAGCAAGAAAAAUUUGAUGGCCAUCAGCAGUUUUUUGCGAUUGUUCAGCUUAUAGGAUCAAGAAAACAAGCAGAAAACUUUGCAUAUAGAUUGGAGCUUAAUGGUCCACGAAGGAGAUUUACAUGGGAAGCUACUCCACGAUCCAUACAUGAGGGUGUUCAGUCAGCGAUAAUGAAUUCUGAUUGUAUGGUAUUUGAUACAUCGAUGGCCCAGUUGUUUGCAGAUAAUGGAAACCUGGGUAUUAAUGUAACAAUAUCCAUGUGCUAAAGAAUUUAUAGCAACUGGUUUUGGCCUCCCACCAGCCUACACUCCGCUCAAAAAAUGGAUGACACUACAAGUGAUGGCCCAGUUUAGUAGCUUUAAGUUAUUCUAUUCAGUGGUUGUAAACCUGGGUGCCUCACAGCUGAGACAGUGGUUACAUCGUUGUGGAAGUAUGGGAGGAUGUGAUUUCAAGAGCCUGCAUAAUGCCUUCAAUUUAACUGGUGGGACCAAUAUUUACACCCAUUUUUGACAGUUUAUAAAAUCGAUGAGGUACAAUUAAGGCUCCUUUGCUUGCAAUCUUAUGAAUGAAAGAAUAUGUUGCAUUUCCAGUUGUCCAUUUUCUAAACAAUUUACUCUCAUUGUGCUCAAAAAUAAUUUUAAAGGAAGUUCACUACUUCAUGCAGUCUUGAGACGUGAUAUUUUCCUGUGUUAGGUAGCUUUUUUUUUUUGGUCAAUUUAAGUGCAAAAACAAUAAUUAUAUAUACUUAUUAGCAAAUCCAUGUUCAGUGUGUAAAUACAGCAUGUAACAAAAGUGCACAAAAAUGUGUUUUAAAAUACUAUUGAUUAAGUGGCCCCUUCAUCUAUUAGUGAUUGGAAUUCUUUCAUUAGUUAUGAAAGUAUUUUUUUUUAUUAAAACCAAUUUAUUCAAAGGUUAUCUUUGCAACACCAAAUUUUUGUCUAUGUAUGUAGUGACAGUAGUUUUAUAGGUACAGUAAGUUAAAAGAGAGGCUUCCCAGCUGUGCUGUUAACAGCAGGGUGUGCUAUAUAUGUUGGCUUUCAAAAAUAUUAUUUGAUUUGAUAUACCAUAUAAGAUUUUGUCAUAGAGUGACUUGAUUACUGAUAGUGAAAGGGUUGUGAUUUAUAUUUUUUCAUGAAGUGUUGAAGACUGCAGUUAUCUUAACCAAUAGCUACAUAAGGGACCUCAAAACAUAGCUAUUCUAUCAAGCCUUGGAUGGGAUGUUGAGUUUUGGUCAUUGCCUUGUUGGCAGUGCUGAUUUUGGUUUCGUUAGAUCGAAGGGAUUGGUAGAACAGUAACUUGUUUUUUAAUAUUCAUGCCCUGAUGUAAAUUUUCAUUAUGAUAAUUUCUACAAUUUAGUGUUGUUUUCAUACUGACCUAACAUUAAAUUGUUUUUGGAGUAAGUGGAGUAGUUUUUUCCAAGAAUUUUGCUUGUUAAAAUUCAAGUGACACUUUAAGUUAGGGUUUGUAAGUGCAAUCGAUAAAAAAACAAGUUUGAGAAAUGAAAGGAGGUUUCAAGUUCUUAUUUUGCAGUCAUUUCCCUAAGACAGGAAUAUGUUUUUUACUAUUUUGAUUCUUCUGUAUUUACUGCCAUAUAUUUACAACUUUGCUUGCUUUUUUGGUUUUUACAACUUAUGGUUUUAUAUAUUCUGUUUCUUUUACUGUUUUUUAUUAUUGCAUCUUUACUAACAUUUUUGUCUAGUUCCCUUUGUAUGAAGUUAAGUAUAGGCCUUCCUAUACUUAUUUUUUUUUUAUUAUGCACUCACAUAGCUGUUACUUUUCUUACUAACUGUUCCUCAUCCCUUCUUAUCAGACUUCCAGACUAUCCCUAUAUUUGAGAACUUGGUCUAUUUCCCAGCUGCUGGACACUGCUUUUCUCUACUCAAUUUUCAUAAUGUCAUCCACUAAAGUAUGGCCAAGAAUCUAACAUUUUGUAAUCAUCUUAUUUUUUCCUUUUCAUUUUAUUCCUUUUUUUCCUUUUAAUCUGAAUAGUCUUUAGAAAAUUUGUAUAGCUACUUUAUUAAUUAGUAAAGCUGUAGUUUCAAAUAUCUGGAAAAUGUGCACAAAGUUUUGAAAGUCAUUAACCAAAAUUGUUUACUAUAAUAUUAGUGUUUUUUUGAGCACAUGAAUUUGCCUAGCUUUCUUGAAGUUAAAUCUGUUUUGUCAUCUUGAGUUAUUAACUUGGUCAACUGGAAAUACUUCAUUACCUCUUCAGUGGUCAUUUGAAAGGGCAAAAUAAAAAGUUAUUGGUUUAGAAGUACAAUGGAGUUUUCACAGCAAUAUAUGUGUAAUAUAGUAUACAUUGUCAUGAAAGAUUUCAUUUUUAAUUUUUCUUCUCAUGCUAUUCAUCAUCAUUAGUUCUAGUGUAUAUUUAGUUUAUUUAAGCUUAUAAGUUAUUAACUUAUUAAUUAGGUAGAUAACUGCCUUUCUCAUUCUCCGACUGGUAAGCUGUUUAAAAAGCUCUUGACAGCUUAGGCUAAAGCCUACUUAUAAUUUAUAAUUUGUUCUGAAAACUGGGUAAGAUGUUGUGUGAAAUAUGGUAUUUUUCUCAUUGCUUUCAUUUUGUUUAUUGAUAUUUAUGAAGGUUAUGAACGUCCAGCAUUUCAGCAGACUCCAUUCAGAAACGAGAACAUAUCAUGUUCCACUCAUGUGGACAGCACUCCAUGAUGAGUGAAAAUAUCUUUGUGGUUGAAUAAAUGUGUAGAUAUUUGAUACCACUUAUUCUGAAAAGGGACUUCCCAAAGCUGCUACUAAUUAUCAGAACUGUCUCACUGAACUCUCUUAGAUAGUAGUUUAUAAGAUGCCAUAGUAAAUUUUUGUACAUAAAUCCUUUACUGUAGAGGAUACUAUUAAUGUAAAUAUUGUAAUGGGAGAGGAGUAAGAACGAAAGAGGGCGAAGAUAAGGUGCAAUUGCAAUUUGAAGUUGCAUAAGUACAUUUAAAGCACUUUUGAUUAUACCAUACUACACUUAGAAAAAAAUAGUAAUUAUUUAUUAGAUGAAUUUUCUUGCUGACCUGUCACUCUUGAAAGGUUGUAAACAGUACAGUAUUAUGCUUUCAUGAGUUUAAUAAAGGCUUUUAUAAUGAUUGAUCUUUCUAUAUAAAGCUUGUUAUUCUACAUAGAUAGAAUAACUGGUACUGCUGUAUGUGCAUGACCUGCAAACUGUGCAAAUCAGUUGAAUGGUACUUUGCAUUAUUUUUUAUUUUCAAAAUUGUUUUUAUUAUAGCUUUUAAUUGAAAAAUAAUAAAAACCAUCACUUAUACCAUAGAAAGUUGACCUUUAAAAGUUUAUGAAAGAGAUUUAUAUUAAUUCAUUUUAUCAAUUCAUGAUGCUGGCUAGGUUUAUGGGUUACCCUUCUACUGUGCAAUUUAGUACAGUAUAUAUUUAUACUUAUGCAGUAAUUUUCUCAAGUUACUUUUAAGAUUGCAUACAGAGCAUUUUCAUCAGCCACAUUUGUUUGAUGGCUUCAAGUUUCCAACAAGUCUGUGUGGUAGAAUGAAUGCACAUGCUGUAAAUUGAUGCGGUUAGCCAAAAGUGCUUUGUCAAUGGUGUAAUCAUCGACGUAUCAUGUAUUACACUUGAAAUGUUGGAGAGACUGCUUCAAGUAGGUGUGAGACAUACUGAAAUUUCUUCUUGUCUCUACAGUACGUACUGUGAUGAAAAUGUAACACCUUUUUUUUUUGUAUAGGGUGCAGAGAUAAAAUGGUGGUGGGGUUGAGAUGAAAUAAAUUAGGGAGCUAGUAAAUUUACCUAUAUAUUUUUCCAUGAUAUAUCUUUUUUAAUAUACAUUAACAUAAAUUUUAAAGGACAUGGAUGAGAUUUAUCUUGUGUGAAUUAUUUAUAAUGUAGUGAAAAACUUACUGAUUUAGAAGUAGGAAAAACAUUUUGCGAAGUGCCACUGCUUUGAUUAAAUCAAAAAUAAAUUUUUUUCCAAGAAAUGGGUGUGUUAUAUUUAAAAUUUAAUUUCUUUAUGCAUGGUGCUCAAUUGAAAUAAAUGCAGUUAAGGUGUAACUCUUGCUUUUCUGAAUUCUUAUUGUUCAGGAGGGGAAAGAUGUAGUCUAUAUUUUCAUGAUAUGGUUUAGUACUGUAAUUUUGCCUUUGCUAUGGUAUGUCCAGUGUACUUUAAUGUUUCUCACAUGAUGUUUGGAAGGUGAGUGUGGUGUAUGAAAACCAAAAAGUUUUAAGCCUAAUGUUCUUGCAAUAGAAGAACUUCGCUUGAUAUUGCUGCCAAAUGUGAGUAUACAUACCUGCAUAUUUUGUAUUUUCCUAUUUUAUUUCAACCAGCAUUUCUUGGUUUGGAACAGUUUGCAUUACAAGUAAGACCUCUUGAUGAAUUUUUUAGAACAGUUCAAGUUCUCAUAAAUAAUUUAAAAUUUUUUGUUUAUUGAUGCUGUAUACUUACGUAUCAGAAUUUUUAAAAAUUGUAGCUGUAUAUUUUACAUAUGAUGGGUGAAAUUUCUAGAACUGUUUAUAAUUACAGUUUUAGUAACAAUGAUAUAGUACCCGAGAUCCUUACAUCUGGACUUUUAAGAAAUUAACCUGCUGAGAGUCUGUGGUCAUGAAAAUUUCAUCCCCUGAGAUUCUGAUGACAUAAAAUGUUAAUUUAUGUUAGAGUAAUUUUUUAUCGUCAAUAUUUUGAUGUCAGCUAGGACUGGGGUUAAGCGUUUAGAGUGGCGGAGAAUGCUUGACUCUAUCCCCUAAGCAAGUGAGCUGUUUAAAGAGUAUUAUCAUCAUUAUAUCAGUCAUAAAUAAAAAAUCAUCAGUUUAUUUUUCUGAAUGUUCUGUAAAAUGAAAAAACUGACAUAGAUUGCAAGGUAACUGAUUACACAUUUUGAUAGCACAAAAAGAAUUUAUAUUCAUAUGUUCUUUAAAUAAUUAUUUGCAAAAUUAAGUGAUUUCUGUUCUUGGCUAACUUCAAUAUAUUUGACCAGGUGACUUUGCUGUUUUAAAUCAGUAAAGUUACCAUGGUAUAUAAUUGUUUGCCUUCAAAAUGAGACCAAAACCAGCAUUCUGUGUUAAAAGAUGAAUUUACAGCAAGUGGUAAAAGUAAAUUAUCUUAAAGUUGAAGUUCAUAAUUGUAAUGCAAAAUGGAAUACUUUUUUUUACCUCUACCCCUCCCACUUCAAAGGGUUGAGAUAAAAUAAAUUCAUCAGACCUUAUGUAAUUUAUACAAAGUAAUCUUUUCACAAUAGUUUUUCUGAGCAGAGCAGAGCAGAGCAGACAUGGUAACAAGUGUGACUUUUUUGUCGAUGUAGUUUAGUUACCGUUAUUAUGAGUUAGUUUUAACUAGGCCACUCGGUCACAUUUCUAGAUUUCCAUAUGAGUCACUUGUAGUAUGUGUUUUUAAAUGAGGUGUGAAAAUGGUAAGAAGGUUAAGGUGAAGAAGACCAUUGGGUAGGAAGAAACUAAAGGGAAUCUUGAAGGUUUUUGGGCAAAAUGCUGCACAGGUGAGGCUGAUGAAUUCAUCAGCUACACUAAGAAUAAAGGAAUCUGUUGCGAUAUGUUGGGAAAUCAUUUGAUUGUAUGAUUACCAUGGUAAUUCUGUGAGAAGUCUGUUGCAUUUCAUUUUAUAAUAAAUUUUAGGCAUUUGCACUAAUGUGUCAUUUGGAAAAUAAAGUGUCUAGUUUGGGAUUUUAUAGCUAUAGGUGGCAAAGGUAUCAUAUAAAAUUGGAGUCAUAAAUAGACAUGAUACAAAAAUGGCCAUAUUGUAAUUAUUUUUCCCUAGCUUUACCAAACUUCUGACAUAAGAUUUACUUACUGGUUGAAAUGGCAAGGUUUAAUUAAAUGUUCAAAGAUUCCUUAUUGCUUGCUAAUUUUCAGUGUGGGUGACUUUUCUUUUUAAUGUAAGAUUAUGAUGCUUUAC